GGGAAAAGCUUCAGUCGGAGCUCUCACCUUAUCAGACAUUGUAGAAUCCACACAGGUGAGAAACCUUAUGGAUGCUCUGAGUGCGGGAAACAGUUCACUGGUAGUUCAACCCUCAUCUCACAUCAGCGAAUCCACACAGGAGAGAGGCCCUACACAUGCUCAGAGUGCGGGAAAAGCUUCAAUCAGAGCUCACACCUUAUCAGGCAUAGGAGAAUCCACACAGGAGAGAAACCUUAUGGAUGCUCUGAGUGUGGAAAAUGCUUCAGGGAUAUUUCAAACCUUAUCUCACAUCGGAGAAUCCACACUGGGGAGACGCCUUACACGUGCUCUGAGUGCAGGAAAAGCUUCAAUCACAGCUCACACCUUAUCAGACAUAGGAGAAUCCACAUGGGUGAGAAAACUUAUGGAUGCUCUGAGUGUGGGAAAUGUUUCUUUAAUCGUUCAGACCUCAUCUUACAUCAGAGAAUCCACACAGGGGAGAAGCCCUACACAUGCUCUGAAUGCGGGAAAAGCUUCAAUCAGCGCUCAAACCUUUCUGUACAUCAGAGAAUCCACACAGGGGACAGGCCCUAUGAAUGCAGUGAGUGCGGGAAAACCUUCAAUCGCAGUUCGCACCUUAUUAGGCAUCAAACAAUCCACAGAGGAGAGAGGCCCUACGAAUGCCGUGAGUGCAGGAAAAGCUUCACUAGCAGCUCAGACCUUUCUAAACAUCAGAGAAUCCACACAGGGGAGAGGCCCUUUGAAUGCCGUGAGUGUGGGAAAAGCUUCACUAGCAGCUCAAACCUUUCUCAACAUCAGAGAAUCCACACAGGGGAAAGGCCCUUUGAAUGCAGUGACUGUGGGAAAAGCUUCAUUAGCAGCUCAGACCUUUCUAGACAUCAGAGAAUCCACACAGGGGACAGGCCCUAUGAAUGCACUGAGUGCGGGAAAACCUUCAAUCGCAGUUCGCACCUUAUUAGGCAUCAAACAAUCCACGGAGGAGAGAGGCCCUAUGAAAGCCAGACACGCUACACAUGCCAUGAGUGUGGGAAAAGCUUCAAUCGGAGCUCUGCCCUUAUCAGACAUCAGAGAAUCCACACGGGUGAGAAACCUUAUGAAUGCUCUGAGUGUGGGAAAUGCUUCAUCGAUAGUUCAGCCCUCAUCUCACAUCAGAGAAUCCACACAAGGGAGACGCCCUACACGUGCGCUGAGUGCGGGAAAAGCUUUAGUCAGAGUUCUGUCCUUAUCAGACAUCAGAGAAUCCACACAGGAGAGAAGCCCUACAUAUGCUCUGAGUGUGGGAAAAGCUUUAGUCAGAUCUCAGACCUUAUCAGACAUCGUAGAGUCCACACAGGAGAGAAGCCCUACACAUGCCAUGAAUGUGGGAAAAGCUUCAGUCGGAGCUCUGCCCUUAUCAGACAUCAGACAAUGCACACAGGUGAGAAACCUUAUGAAUGCUCUGAGUGUGGGAAAUGCUUCAUCGAUAGUUCAGCCCUCAUCUCACAUCAGCGAAUCCACACAGGAGAAGCACCCCACACAUGCUCAGAGUGCGGGAAAAUCUUCAAUCGGCGCUCACACCUUAUCGUACAUCAGAGAAUCCACACAGGAGAGACGCCCUACAUGUGCUCUGAGUGUGGGAAAAGCUUUAGUCAGAGCUCUGCCCUUAUCAAACAUCGAAGAAUCCACACAGGAGAAAGGCCCUACACAUGCUCUGAGUGUGGGAAAAGCUUUAAUCAGAGCUCACACCUUAACAAACAUAGGAAAAUCCACAUGGGU